AUGGCGUCGCAAUUUGGUGCAACUUUCGUGCCAGGAGGCUUCGAUGACUAUUACAUGCCUGAAGUUGUGGCCCCUUCCCCGCAGAGAGCAACUCCUCAGGUACCCAAAGAUAUGCAAGAUGACUUGCAACGCCUGGAACUUGAGGCAAGUGAUACUGAGAAACGACAAGGGAGGCAGCCAUCUCUCUCGACCUUUCAGCAACAACGCUCCUACACAGGUAGCGAAACAGAAGAACCAGCAACUAGCGCUACCUUGAAUCCUGACGGCGAUACUACGGCGCAUAAAGAUCCCAGGAGCCGAGGAGCCGAACGGAUAGACAUCAUGGGACUAGGUGCUCCAUCCUUUUCCCCUUUUCCGAAAGUCUACGGUGACAAUGUUCCACCAGCCGACGAUGCGAAGGAGGAGAUAUUGUGGAGCGCACGCAAGCACGUUCUUCACUCGCAAAACGUGGACAUGCAGAUUAGUUGGGCUCGCGACGUGCUUAUUUGGGUCGAAAUCGCCAUGGAUGCCACGGCCCGGGAAUUGGCAGACAAACCUCGACCUGCCACGCCUCGAAUCGAGCACGAGCUUCGAGUCGACUCUCUCAACAUUAUCAACUAUCUUGCAGAACAAGAGCACCCAGAUGCCUUGUAUAUACGCUCUAAAUGGCUCGAGUUCGGCAAAUUUGGUCACCGAGUGGACAAGCGCGAAGCAUACAGUGGCUACAAGCGUGCUGCGGAGCUUGGAAAUGCGAGGUCGGAAUAUCGCAUGGGUAUGCUUUAUGAACAGUCCAACGACAUGUCGAAAGCCAAAGAGCAUUAUUACAAAGGCAUGAGUUUGAAGGAUUCGGCGGCACUCUAUCGCAUGGGAAUGAUGAGCUUGCUUGGCCAGCAUGGCGAUGCAAAAGAUUUUCUCGGUGGAUUAGAGCUCAUUCGAGCUGCAGCAAAUAGUUCCGAUGAGGAUGCACCUCAGGGGUCGUAUGUUUAUGGGAUGCUGGUUGGCCGCGACUUGCCCGAUAUUACCAUACCAGACGGAUUACUCCCGCACAGUUUGGAAAAGGCCAAGAUGUACGUUGAAAAGGCGGCAUAUCUUGGGUUUGCCAAAGCUCAACUUAAGAUGGGUCAAGCUUACGAACUCUGCCAGCUUGGUUGUGAGUUUAACCCUUCUUACUCGCUCCACUACUACGGCUUGGCCGCAAAACAAGGAGUUCCAGAAGCAGCUCUUGGGGUGAGCAGGUGGUUUCUUUUUGGCUACGAAGGCGUCUUCAAGAAGAAUGAAGAACUUGCCUUCCGAUAUGCUCAAGAGGCGGCUGCCGCUAAGCUGCCAACAGGUGAAUUCGCUAUGGGCUACUACUACGAGAUUGGCAUACAUGUAAGUCAAAGUAUAUCGGAUGCGUGGAAAUGGUACCGGCUUGCUGCCGAUCAUGGUAACAAAGACGCAUUGAGUCGUUUGGAAUCUCUCAGCCACGAUCAGAGCCUUUCCAAGAAAGAUCACGAAACAAUUGCUUUGACUCGGAUUAAGUCGCAGCAUGGAUCACAAAGAGGCAAGCGGCCGGAGCGUUUCACACAGCUUCAAACGAUGCCCGCUCUUACUGAAGAGACAGCAAGCCCAAUUUCGCCGAAAAAUGACAAUACUCUCAUCCCAUCCACUUCUGGCGAACCAUCUUCGGCAGCUACCGGCUUACCUCGAUUUACGGCACAGCCAUCAGCUGUUUUUAAGCCAAUGCCUGUCUCAGAUCAUGCUACUUUACCAGACCCAUCACGGACGCCAUUUGUCGGUUCGGAAAGACUGUCAGUCCUCAACAUCAGGCUUGACAGUAAUAGCAAAAUUCUAGUGAGGCCAAAUUCCGCGGCGCCGUACCCAGACGAUGAUAAACCUGUGUCUCUCAACGUAAAUCGUCCCCGUUCUACAGCCCCCUAUCCGGAUGAUGAUGUUGGGCUACCUGCCGCUUCAAGACAUGAAUCAGGACUCCAAUCAAGACAGGGAGCAUCAGCUGACAGGCCAUCAAGGGCAUUCGGUAUCAAACCGCAGCCAAGUGGUGGCUCACGUUUAAUACCGUUAUCCCACUCGACGGGUAGUCUACAGCCCCCAAUGCAUCCUAAACCCCCUCGUGGACGGGUUGUGUCUGCGGACUGGGAACGUCAGGCAUCGCCCGAUGGUGAUGGACUAUCAAGUUCUGGACUGCAUUUGACUAGGAAGAUAACUGCAGGAGAUGAUAUUUACAGCAGACCGUCCACGACUCAGCCAUAUCCUGAGGGAAAUGUGCCGCAAAACAGAUUGCAAAACCAACAGUCAAGACACCCAAUUUCAUCUGGAGCCGAACCAACACGAGAACACGGGCCUCGAAUUUCUUCACGCCGCGGAUCCGAGAUGUUACCCCCACUCCCUCCACAAGAUGCUCGAAUGACGACUCAAAAUCACGAGCGCUUUUCAAGGGCACCAGCUGCAACCAGUCGGCUUGAGAGAAUUGGCUCGUCGACAAGUACUCAUCAACCACCAAGAACACCGACCAGCCCCAGCCACGAAAGGUCGAGUAAACCUUGGCCUGGGCAAACAAUAGGUCAAACAAGGAGCGUUUCCCCCAGUGCGGCGUCACGAAGGCCCUUUGAUUCUAAUGAUCAGCCGGGCUCGGUCCCAGAGCACACUGUAACUGCACCCUCAAAUCCAGUGAAGGGCCCGCCAGUCAAAGGGCCGGCUACAUUUGAAGACAUGGGAAUACCACAGGGAAAGCAGGAAGGUGACUGUGUUGUCAUGUGA